CCUAUGCAUUUUUGCAAUACUUUUACUUCAAAAUGAUGGAAGAAUUGAUUUGUAUGACCAUUCGGUCCUUGCUCCAUAAAAAUACGCUCGUUCACCCCAUGCUCCAGUUCCGACCAGCACAAUAAAAAAAUAUUUUUUAUCCUCCCCUAAAAAUGAAACACAACAACGCCUUAGUGAGCAAUCACUUCAACAAAGGCUCAAUGAAAUUCAAGACAUGGUUCAACCAGCCAGCCAAAGGAGUGAAGCGCCGAAAUACACGCCGUGAAAAGGCCAAAAAGCAGUAUCCGAUUCCUGUGAAGAAGCUUCUGCCCGUUGUUCGGCAGCCUACCCAGCGGUACAACUACAAAGUACGUUUGGGCAGAGGUUUUACCGAGCAGGAGAUAGUCGGGGCCGGCGUCGAGUUGAGGUAUGCGAUGAGCGUUGGUGUGAAGAUUGACAAGAGGAGGAAGGAUAGGAACAUGGAGACAUACGAGAGAAAUGUUGAGAGGUUGAAAGAGUAUUUGGGACACGUGAAGGUGUACAAGAAUGCGAAGGAGGCGAGAGAAGAUAAUGCUACGUCCUUCAGAGGCACCAUUAUGCCGGUUAAGAACGAAAAACCGGUCACCAAGUUUAUCAACGUAGCUGAUAUAAACAGCUACGUCGAGGCAUUCGAGAGAUAAAUAAAGCGUUAU